AUGAAUAGUUUGGAGUGGCUGUUGAGACAUUCAAUCAAUGAAAGUAGCAUGUGGGAGUCAACCAUUAAAGAUUUUUGGCUACAACAGAAAAAAAGACUAAACGAUAAUGCCAGUUCCUCAAUUUCCACUCUUUUAAAGGAUGAUCAAACAUUUACUGACCCCGUUGAUGAAACUAACGCUUUAGCUGAAUUAUUCGCAAGAUCUCAAAGCCAAAGCUACAAACCAGCAUCACAUCUUAAAAACAGCUAUAGUUCAUCGCAAUCAGCAUCCAACGUACUACGAAGCAACAUCUGUUCAAAUCCUAUAAAUAGCAGUCGGAAUACUCAAUUUUCAGCGGGCGCAUCGUUCUCAUCAUCAACAGCUCAGAUGGCUUUAAAUCGCCAAUAUUCAUCAUUUUCAAGCGCUUCUGCGGCUGUCACAAAAAUGCCAAUUCCACCGUUUUUAGCUGCUUCCCCAUUCCUUUUUUCAUACCGCAGACUGAAGGACGAGACAAACAAUAAUAAUCUCGGUUACAUGAAUAACAAUCAUAGCAAUGGCAGCAGUUCUACAUCCUCGCAAAGUAUAAGUCCUCACAGCCCCAGUGUAGUGGCUUCAUCAUUUCAUGCCCACUCACCAGUCGGAUCGUCAACCUCGUCAUUUUCAAGUGCAAACUCUGGCGGCAACGGGGCCUUCUUACAAGAUUACGAUCGCAAAUUUAGCUUAUUAAGUCUAUUUAAAAACCCUUACAAAUACACUGAACGUAGAAGUACAGCACAGAUUCCAACUGGUUUUGGGGGAAGUGCAGCUGCAGCAAUUAGUUCGGCAUUUUCGAUGGCAAGUCCAGGCUUGUCUGCUUCUGCAUUUAGUUCCGCAGCACAUACUGCUGCCCUUAGCCAUAAAAUCCAAACAACAAGCUCAUCAAACACAUCGCCAUGGAAACUUAUGGCCGAAGCCCACCAAAGUUCUCCUUUCAGCCAUUCCUAUCAAGGUGCAUUUAGUGCAAUGACUACCUCCGAUGGAAGUAGUCGUAAGAAUGCCUUUAGCAGCAUAGUUUCUGGAGGCAGCACUGCUUUUGCUCGAUCCGCAGAUACCAGCACAAAUAGCAGCGUAAACGGUUGUACUGAUCCUUCCAAGAAUCGCAAGGUUCAUAAAUGUGACAAUGAAGGCUGCGACAAAGUAUAUACGAAAAGUUCUCACCUAAAAGCACACAAGCGAACUCAUACAGGUGAAAAACCCUACGUUUGCACCUGGGAAGGAUGCGUUUGGCGCUUUGCUCGAUCUGAUGAACUGACCCGCCAUUAUCGUAAACACACUGGUGUUAAGCCAUUUCGAUGUCAAUUGUGCACAAGAUCGUUCAGUCGUUCCGAUCAUCUGUCGCUGCACAUGCGCAGACAUUGA